ACUAAUAGAGACUCUUCACCCCUCAAACAGGAAGAGCCAAAUUAUCGGCAAUGAUUUUCCACUUCCAUUCCUGUCUAGCUGCCAAACGUUAACUGUUCCUCAAUCCUCAUCAAUCAACAACAGUUGCUCCUCCAGCCAGUCCUCCUCCUGUACAAGGGCAUUCAAGUAAUUUGAAUCCAUGCCGGCGCAACAUUAUUAAUAGUAUGUUAAACAUUUCACCGCGCCAUUUUCAAGUGUCAACUGUAAUUACAUGCAAUCAAUACAAUUAAUAACACACGCGCCACGGUUCCAACUUCCAACAUCCUCUGUCUCUGUCUCCCAUGAAAACGCCAAACGGCUCUCCGGUUUCUAGUUCAUCUCCGAAACCUCGUCACCACCGAAACCGCGAACCCGGUUCAGCCACACACUCCAGCGAAUGCCACUCCCCGGUCCGACGCAAAUCCUCGAGCCCCGGCCGGCCACACGUCGUCAUCACGGAGGACGCCGGUCCCACGCGCCACCAACUAUGGCCUUCCACCGCGAAGAGAAGCUCCGGAACACUCGCCGAUCACAUAACCGAAGACAGAAUCAUAGAGCGCACUUCAACCGCAAAUAACAACACACCCACAACAAUUGGUGGCUCCGCGCGACACGUGGCAAGAUUUUCAACACCCUCAGAAUCUAAGAAACUAAGUUAUAAUAACAACAACAUUGCUCCUGGAAGAUUGUCGUUGGAUGAAAACGCUAAGUCCUUCUCUUCUCGGAGACACUCCAGAAACUCUCUUGAAUUAGACUCUGACGCGGGAAAAAAAUUAACGUCAAAAAAAGCAGACCUGGAAGUUGCUAAAAGUGAUGCAACAACAACGCCGAGAAGGGCUAGGAGAGGAACUUCAGAUUCCAACGUUGCGAACUUGAAUGGUGAUUCCUCCUCCUCCGUUUUGAAACGGUUCACGUUGAAAACUGCUAUAAGGAGGGCGAAUUCGCUCGCUGGAACGUACAAGAGUUCCAAGACUUCGUGGGCUUUGUCUCCGGGGAGGUCGGAGUCACCGGCUAUGUCGGUUGAGAGCAUGGAUAAAGCGGUGUCGUUUUCGAGCUUCAAGGUCCCACCCACUAGUCCUACGAAGGUGAAAGGGGUGGAGAAGUUACUCAACAUGGGUUUUGAUCUCUUCAAGGGUAAGAAAAGUGGUGGCUUUGGCUCUUUGUCGCCCGUUGGUUUUGGAGUUCACUCGGAGGUUGUUCAUAGGCUUCGUUUGCUUGAUAAUCGCUUGGUUCAAUGGCGGUUUGCGAAUGCUAGAGCACAAGUUGUCAAUGGAAACACUUCUCACAAGGCUCAGAGCAAUUUGAUAUGUGUUUGGGACGGUCUCACAAAGUUACAGCAAUCUGUUCUGAAAAAGAAGAUACAGUUUGUCAGAGAAAAACUUGAAAUGAAGAUCGCUUUUGUACUGUAUUCUCAAAUGAAGCUACUGGAAGCUUGGGGAGGAAUGGAAAGGCAACACUUACUAGCAAUUACUGCCAUCAAAGAGUGUUUGCAUUCGGUUGUUUGCAGAGUUCCUAUUUUGGAAGGUGCUAAGGUGAACAUGCAACCAACGUCCAUUGCUCUACGGCAUGCAUCUGAUCUCACAGUUUCCAUCAAGUCAAUUUUAACUACUUUUUCAUCCUCAGAGGUUGAUAAGAUUUCAGCAACGCUAUCAGAAUUAGCAAAAGUUGUUGCACGAGAGAAACAGCUCUUAGAGGAGUUCUAUGAUCUUUUCCAGGCCAUAUGUGUCUUUGAGGUUCAGGAAAGAAGUGUAAAGUGCAAUCUCGUUCAACUUGAAGGUUGGCAACAAAAAUAUCAACGGCAGCAAUUACUACCAGAGAUCACUUCAUAGUUCAUAUAUCGCUAUAUAUUUAGAUAAUUAAUGGACGUUCAGAGAAAUAUGGAAGUAAUGAUUGACAAAUUUUGCUAAUAUUGCAACUGUUUACAUAUGGUCCUCAAAAGUCAAAACUAUAAUUGUUAUUCUAUACACGAGCAUGUACGAUUGGUUUACAUGUUACAGUGACCCUUCAUAUAAAGUAGCAAAUACAAAUUAAAUAAUGUAUUCCUAAAAAAUGAUAUUUUCCCCGUAAA